AUGGGCAGCUGCGGCGUCUCCCCACGCCCUUUCGCGCCUCUGCUGCCCGUGCUGGUGCCGGUAUUGGCGGUGUUGGCGGUCGGGGUGGCCGAGACGCGGGUCACCUCGGAAAGCCAGCUGCUCGGCGCCUCAGCGAUGGGCACCGGUACCCCUCCGAGCCCCAGCGGCACCGCUCUCGAGGAGACGCGGCUCCACGUCUUCACCCUGGACUAUCCCCACGUGCAAAUCCCCUUCGAGAUCACCCUCUGGAUCCUGCUGGCCUCCCUCGCCAAGAUCGGCUUUCAUCUCUAUCACAAGUUGCCCUCGAUAGUACCUGAGAGCUGUCUCCUCAUUCUGGUUGGAUUGCUUCUUGGUGGGAUUAUUUUUGGAGCAGAGGAAAAGUCUCCACCUGUAAUGAACAGUGAUGUGUUUUUCUUGUACCUCUUACCACCCAUUGUACUCGACGCUGGAUACUUUAUGCCAACACGUCUUUUCUUUGAGAACUUUGGUACCAUUUUCUGGUAUGCCGUGGUGGGCACACUCUGGAAUGCCAUUGGCAUUGGAAUUUCACUUUAUGGAAUUUGCCAGAUCAGUGCAUUUGGUUUGACUGAUAUCACAUUGCUGCAGAAUUUGCUCUUUGGCAGCCUCAUUUCAGCUGUGGAUCCUGUGGCGGUGUUAGCUGUUUUUGAAAAUAUUCAUGUCAAUGAACAGCUUUACAUCCUGGUGUUUGGAGAGUCUUUGCUGAAUGAUGCUAUAACUGUGGUCCUGUACAAUUUGUUCAAGUCUUUCUGCCAGAUGCGCACAAUUAAGGUUAUUGACAUAUUCGCUGGGAUUGCUAACUUCUUUAUAGUGGGGAUCGGUGGAGUAUUGAUUGGAAUCCUUUUGGGAUUUGUAGCAGCCUUUACCACCCGUUUCACCCAUAAAAUCCGAGUGAUUGAGCCACUCUUUGUCUUCCUGUACAGUUACUUGUCGUACAUAACAGCUGAAAUGUUUCAUCUGUCGGGCAUCAUGGCAAUUACAGCUUGUGCCAUGACUAUGAAUAAAUACGUAGAGGAAAACGUUUCUCAGAAAUCCUAUACAACAAUUAAGUAUUUCAUGAAGAUGCUGAGCAGUGUCAGUGAGACCUUAAUCUUCAUCUUCAUGGGAGUGUCUACAGUUGGGAAGAACCAUGAGUGGAACUGGGCCUUUGUUAGCUUCACCCUCCUUUUCUGUUUAAUCUGGAGGGCUCUGGGUGUUUUUGUUCUGACUAAGAUCAUUAACCUCUUCCGGACAAUUCCUCUCACUUUUAAGGACCAAUUUAUUAUCGCCUAUGGAGGCCUCCGAGGAGCUAUUUGUUUUUCACUUGUAUUUCUGCUUCCUUCUGCUGUGUUUCCCAGGAAGAAAUUGUUCAUCACUGCUGUUAUCGUGGUGAUAUUCUUUACUGUCUUCAUUCAGGGAAUAACAAUUCGCCCACUGGUGGAGUUUCUUGAUGUCAAAAGGUCGAAUAAAAAGCAGCCUGCUGUCAGUGAAGAAAUUUAUAACAGGUUCUUUGACCAUGUGAAGACAGGAAUUGAAGAUGUGUGUGGACAUUGGGGUCACAACUUUUGGAGAGAUAAGUUUAAAAAGUUUGACAAUAAAUACCUGCGAAGACUUCUAAUCCGGGAGAACCAGCCCAAAUCCAGCAUUGUUUCUUUAUACAAGAAGCUGGAAAUCAAACAUGCUAUUGAGAUGGCAGAGAGUGGAAUGAUAAGUAAGGUCCCAUCGUCAGUAUCUCUCAGUGAAUAUCAUGAAGGAAAGAUAAAGCCGCUUUCUCCCGCUGAGAUGGAAAACAUGCGGGAAAUACUAACAAAGAAUCUCUACCAAAUACGACAUCGAACAAUGUCAUAUAACCGACACAGCCUGGCUGCAGAUGCAAACGAAAAACAGGCCAAGGAAAUUCUUAUCCGUCGCCGGCACAGCCUUAGGGAGAGCCUGAGGAAAACGAACAGCCUGUCAAGAGAAAGACCGGCUGCUGCAAAUACAAAAAGAUUCCUUUCACUUCCUAAAAACACUAAACUCCCAGAGAAAUUACGAGUGAGAAAUAAAACAACUUCCAGAGUGGGUGACAGCAGUGACUCUGAGCUGGAUGCUGCUACAACUGUGCUCAAUCUAAGACCAAGAGCAGGGAAAAUCUUGAGAGAUCAGAGACUGAGACAGCAGAGGCCACCACCUGACUUUAUUAUGGUGGAGUGGAAGAAUGAAGUUGAUGGGAGCCAGGAUGGACGAGGAGAGCAGCAGGAGCCAAGCACCUUGCCCCAGCCAUCCAUUGGGUUCAGACAGCCAUUGCUGACAAGACCAAGAUUUGGCACUUUGAGUAGGGAAGAUUUGACUGCAGACCAUGGGUCAGCAAGACCUGUGCCACCACCACGGUUAGUUAGGCAGGCAUCGCAAGGGGAAAGGCAGAGAAAUAAGCCUGAGAACCAGCCAUACUGA